AUGGGCGAAAAGUCUCCCGUGGUAAUUGUAAAUAUGAGGGCGAGGCCGAAUAUUUGUGACUUGAGUAUUGAAUGGGGCCUCAACGCCGAGGCCGACUACACGCUUCACUACUUUACCUUUUCGUUGUACUCGCUCAUGGUGCAGUUCGCCCUUGGAUUGGGGAGACGGCUCAACAGCGACAAUGCGCCGCAAGUGCAGUUGAAAUUCGUCAAUCUUCCGGCGCAGGAGAACCUGGGAGAGGAGUACCUCACCAGGGUCAAUUCAAAAGGACAGGUGCCUACUCUAACGUCGGCUCUGCUUCCGUCGGGAUUGAGUGAUAGCCACCAAAUCGCCAAGUGGCUGUGCGACAAGCAGCCAGAGCUGGUGCCUGCGGCGCACAAGGAAACGAUCGACGGGUUGAUGGAGAAGCUGUACAAGUUUCAUUUAAAGGCUCUCAGCAUACAGCCGGAAGCCGCGGCCAACGGCUUACCGAAUGUCGCCGCUGCCAUGCUUGAGAAUGCUAGCAUUUCGGAAACGCACCGACGGGCUCUCGAGAUCAAAUCCAUUUUUCACGACACGCUACAUAGCAGGACGAUAGAGGCGGAACACAUUGAGCAAGUCGAGAGGCACGUGUCUGCGCUGAUGGCGGAACUGGCGAGCAUCAUCGAGGAGCACAGAACCGAGGACUCGCGGUGGAUUUUUGGGCGGCAGCCAACGAUUCUUGACGCGUAUGCGUCGGCUCUCAUGAUCCGGCUGCUGGACAAUGGGCGGCGAGAGCUGCUGCCGGCGACGGUGCAGGCGUACGCCGAGGCGGUACAGGCAUCGGAGGAAUGGCAUCAAGUGACACAGGGGCGACGGACAGUGUACGAGGGGUCGAUGGGCCCUGCGAGCGAUGUGGAUGUCAAGUAA